AUUUUCUUCCUGCGAUUAUCAUGAUUCCAUAAUCACCAUGAUUGACCUUGAUAACAUCAGGUAUACAUAAACAGAGUGGAGAAUAUGAAGAUACAAGUGAAUUCCUUUUCCAGAGUAACAUCUAAAGUCUCAGUUAAUUAAUUUCCAUCUUAAUUUACCUUCGUCUCUCUUUCUCUAUAUUUUAUCAAUGAAAUUGUGUUAAUCCUUUUGGAUUUCUAAUCUAUUCUUAAUCUUUAUUUUUUUUUCUGUGCUUUGUGAAUAUACAUAUAAAUCGAACAAUCAUUGUGGAGAAAAGAAAGUAAUAAAGAAAGUAAUUGGAGAAGAAGAGAAGAAAACAAAAUUCUAAGCUAAAUGUUACUUAGAAUAGGAAAACCAAGUUAUCCAGUUUUCUGUUGAUUCCUUUGUUUUCCUUUUCCAUUAGAGAAAAUUUUUCUUUUUUUUUCUUUUAUACGAUCAACAAUUUGGAUUAUCUGUUUUGUCUGAAUCACAUUGUUAAUUGUUGAUUGAACGACGAUGAAAGAUGAGACCAAAUCAAUUGUGACAACAACCCAAGUAGUUGCUGAGAUUCACCAUCAUUACCAACAAUUAACCGAACCAACAGAUAUCAAAGAUGUAAUCAAUGAAUUAGAGAUUCAAUGUACCAAAAAGCUUGGAGAGAUAACCUUAGUGACCACUAAUAUUUCACCAAUUACCAAAUCUGCUGGUGAUCCUGAUUUAUCCCCUGAUUUAAUUGUUGAAUCAUCAGAGUUUCCUGAUGAUAAAUCUCUUUGGGAAGAUGAUGGAUGUUCAUCAUCUUUUGAUGAAAUUGAAACUGAUUGUUCUGAUUUAACAUCUAAUCGAACUGAUUCCUAUAGUUCUGGUGAAUCUUCUGAUGCUCGAAGUCCCGCUCCAGGUCAUUUGUCACCUUCAUCGUCGACUCAUCGUCGUCGUAGUGUUUCAUUGACAGAUGAUUGUUGUGGUUUAGUUGAUGAAACUGGUGAUGAAGGUGUUAUAAUUCAUAACUGUGAUGGAGGAUGUAAUGGAUUAAAUGUUGGAAUAAGAGGAGGAAGUGGUGUGGGUAUUGGUGGUGGAUGUGGGGGUCACAAUGUAGGACAUUAUGGACAUGGAUUGGGACCAAGAGGAUCUGGAGGUUGUGAUGCCUCGAAAAUGUGUUCAUCUUCAAUGGGCUGUACUUCCCACGGUGGUUCCUAUGUUAGAUAUGAUCGACCCUCCCAAGUCCCUUACAAUCGUAAUCCUAAAACCGCUGGACUUAAUUUCAAUACUAAUCUUCGUAAACCUCCAGAAAAUUGGCUUCGUAUGAGAUUACAAGCUCAAGGCUCAGGUCACAAUGGGUGGGGUCGUCAUGGGCCACCCUAUUGGUCUUAUCCAUACUCAAAGACUUCUUCAUGGGCCAUGUUUGCUUAUCGUUACUCUGGUCGAGGUCGAAGGCCUUUUCACAAAGGUCUUGCAAAUAAUUUAGUUUGUCUUUGCUGUGGAUGUUGUAAUUGUUCAAGAGUUAAUCAAACUUGUUGCUGUUGUUGUUAUCAUUGUGUCCAUCGGAUUUCAUCUUGUCGUCGACCUGAUUUAACGAAACCUAAUAGGCCACUUUGCGCUGUUGGACCAGGGGGACCACGGAAAUCGGUAUCAAAUUCAUUGCAAGCUGGUGCUAGUGAAGGUGAACCCUCUGGAAUGGGUGAGCCAAGUGGAAGUGGUCAAGGUGCUUGUGGUCAAGGAGGCGGUGAAAAUGAAUCUGGUUUAGAGUCGGGAAUGGAUUCAGGUACAGAAUCGACCUCAGGUAAAGCUUCAGAGCGAAGUAAGAAAAAAUCAAGUUCCGGAUCAGGUAAAAGCUCAACAACGACACCUUCCAAUGAAACAAUGCCCAAAUCUUAUAAAUUGUCAACCUUAUUUUAGACAAAAUUAACUAAAUUAACUAAAACGAAAAAGAAAAUGAUCAAAAAGCUGACAAUUAAUCAACUUUAAUCCAGUUCAACAAAAUCAGUCUCAAAGUGUUACCCAACUCAAUCCUCAAAACAAUGAACCAACGAUAAUCACCAUAAUUAAUUAAUUUGUGUCACUUAAAUCUAACUAUUAAUCAUUACUCAUCUUGCAACGAAAGCUUUAAUUGUCACAAUUUGGAUUGAUAUUAAUAUUUUCAAGGGAAGAUGAAACUUGGAAUGGAUAAAAUAAAUUUAAUGAUAAAUUUGGAUACAAAUUGCGAUUGGGACUGAUAAUUGAUUGUUGACUUGGAGUCUUGAAUAUAAAUUUCUAUAUAUUGUAUAACAAUUAACGGAAAAAUUAUCAGAUCAUUUAAACAAAGCAAAGUAAUGAUAGAAAUCAUUGAAAAUGAUGUUCAAAGACCAGCAAGAUUUGCUUAAAUAUAAAUUAUAAUCAUCGUUAUGUAUAAAACAAAUGUAUUUUGCUGCUUUACCGAAAAUGUUUUUCCUGAUGAGUUAAUGAUUAAUUAGUUAAUUAUGUAAUUUAGAUUACAGUAACUUCACAUUUAGGGAGCUACUCCAAAGAGAUACCAAUCAAUUUCGUCUUUUUUUCUGACACUUCUCAAUGAAAUGGAUCAAAAAAACUGAAAAAAUUGCAAAUCAAUUUCACUUUACAUGAUUUAUGAGCUUCUCACUAAAUAUUACAAUUAAUUUUUGAUUGUGAGUUAAUUGACUUGCAGAUAUCGCUCAUUUCACCAAAUUAUUUUACAAAUUUCUCAAUCUUGACCAUAAUCCUCAUUGCCAUGAAUGUUUAACUGUUUGCCAUCGGUCGCUUUUUUUGUUGGAUGUUUAUCAAAUUUCACAACUUUAGAACAGUAAAUCAAAUGUAAAAAUAACAUAAUAAAUUUAUGCUUGUUGAAUUUUAA